ACUGUAACUUACCACCAGUGGACCAAACUGACGCAACCCUAGUGAGCGGCCUCCCGCCCAACUCCCUGUCAUGAGUGUUCCAGCUAAUCUUCGGUGAUAGUAAGGAUUUUCAAGGUCUUCAAAAGCGUUCGGCUCAGCGGUUGAACAUAACCAUCUGAUCAUUCUGUCACUGACGCUCCCGGGAGGCCCUGAAAAAGAGGAAUCUAAUUCUUUAAUUGGUUUCUCCGUUUGUCACAGGGAUCCAUGUGGAACUAGGUUCUGGGGUAUGGAAUAUUAUUAUUACAAUCGCUUUCCCAGGUUGAGCGUCCACUCCCUUCACUUUCCUUCCUUACCUUUACAAUGUCUGCGGGGCUUCCCGUCGAUACAACCGUCGACAACACUCUGGGGGCGGUUCUCGUUGGGUUUGCGGUUGCUUGCACCAUCUAUGGCAUUCUCCUCAGCCAAGUUUUCUCAUACUUCUCGAGCUACCCGCUGGAUCGUUGGGUUUACAAGUUUCUGGUUCUUCUUAUAUUAGUCAUGGAGACCUCAGAUCAAGCACUAAUAGGACACGUUAUCUACCAUUACGGAAUAACCAACUUCGCCAAACCGUUCGUGCUCUUGAAAGGCGAUGUAACCUGGUCCUUUAUUUUACAGCAAACGAUCGGCGAUAUCGUUGGUGCCAUUGUCAAAAGCUCAUUCACCCUUCGAGUAUGGAGAUUCAGCGAGUGCAAUUGGGUCAUAACUGUCAUACUUAUGUCCUUAGUCUUCGGUCAACUGGCACUGUCUUUGGCAUACACCGUGAAAGCCUUCCGGCUCUCAAGUGUCUUUCAAGCAGUCCAAUUGCAGACUCUUGGAUCAGUUACCCUCGGAGUCGGCGUUUUGACGGAUGCUGCUAUCGCAGUUGCAUUGUGCUAUUUCCUCAAUCGCCUUCGGACUGGACACCGGCACUCGGAUACAUUAGUGAAUAGUUUAGUGCGGUAUGCUGUCAAUACCGGCGCUAUAACCAGUGCCGUCAGCUUGACGACUCUAAUUUUGUACAAUCUCUAUCCGCACAACCUGGUCUUCAUAGCGACCUUCUUCAUCCUCAGCAAGUUCUAUGCAAUUUCUUUCAUGGCAACUUUGAAUACUCGCCGAGUUGUCCGAGGUCAAGGUACCGACAGACAAGGCACUGAGAGGCAAGGGGGAAGCAACGAUCCAGAAAACAAUACCAAUAUGUUCCAUCUCGGAACCCGUUUGCCCAGCAUGGGACCGAACGAUAUGGAUGGGUGGGAGGCUGCCUUUACGCCUUCGAAAGUUGCAAUAACAUCCGUGACAUACUCGGAGGCAUACUCGGAGGCACCGUUCAGCUCCUACCAUUCGCAAUCACAAUCCACACAAUCGCAAAUGGAUAGAUUCCAAAAAUUAGAAUACGGUGAAGCCAUAUUAUUAUUAAUAUCAGAUUAGAAUACGGUGAAGCCAUAUGAUACCGUUUCCCACUCCAAAGAAUUUUUUAGGUUCAAUUCUUUUCGCCACAAAAUCUCCCGGGAGACCCACGGUACAUAUUCAGGAGAAGAAUACCUUUGCCAUUCAGAAUUCAGAAUUCAAAAAUUCCGCGAGUCCCUCAAUUCGGAUUUGUAGCAUAUGUACCAUUAUCUUUUAAGGACCCAUUCUUUCAGAAGCUCAUGGAUCUCCAGCUAUCACACACUCCUUUAUUACACUACCUAACAUUUACUCGUUUCGGGUUGUACUAAUUCUUUGACGUAACCUGCUGGAUUUUGAUAAAUCUUAUAUCAUUCCUUCUCUUUCCCUC